AUGGCAAGAGGAUGUCCAUUCACGAAAAAGACCAAGCGAGCACCAAAGAAGAGUGCCACGUCGAUCACCGGAGACGGAGAGAACAAUGUGGUUCCCAAUAUGGCUCCUAAGAAAAUCAGGAAGCCUCGUGACGAAAAUCAAUGGAAGAUCACCGAUUUCUACGAGGUUCGAAAAAGCGGUCGCAAGACGGAAAAACAGCUUCAAGACGAAGCUCAGAAGGCCGUGGCUGAGAAGGUUCUGAAAGGAAGCAACGAGGAACUUUUGCAAGUUUUCCACGAUGCCGACAAGGGCCGAUGCAUUUGCUCCACUGUCAAUUUUCAAAAAGACGAGUUUGUCAUUGAAUACAAAGACAAAGCUGUCCGUUAUCUUGCUAGUCAGAAAGAAAACACCAAGUACACAUUCUACUUCAAAAAGCUGAUAUUGUCGGAGAAUCGCAUUGUUUUCACAUAUUUAGUGUUUGGUUUCGGAAAUGGCAAAAACACAAUGGUUCUGGAAUUUGACCCAAAAUCUGGACAAUUGAAUUAUGGGUAUAAUCAGCAGUGUAUAGAUUACUAG